CCGUAGCGCAGUGUGUUGGCAGCAGACCGGCUGACACGCAGCUCACUCUCUCACUCUCUCACUCUUUAACGUUAAUUACAUUAAUUACUUUAAUUACCUCGGUGACGAUGAGUCGCAGCUAUAACGACGAGCUGCAGUACCUGGACAAGGUGAGCAGCUGCUGCUGGAGGAUCCGGAAAGGCUUCGUGCCCAACAUGCAGGUUGAAGGAAACUUCUACGUCAACGAUUCGCUGGAGAAGCUGAUGUUUGAGGAGCUUCGUAACGCCUGUCGAGGAGGAGGUGUGGGUGGAUUCCUUCCAGCCAUGAAACAAAUUGGGAACGUGGCGGCGCUGCCAGGAAUCGUGCACAGGUCCAUCGGUCUCCCCGACGUUCACUCCGGGUACGGGUUCGCCAUCGGAAACAUGGCGGCCUUCGACAUGAACGACCCGGACGCCGUCGUGUCUCCAGGUGGCGUCGGUUUCGACAUAAACUGCGGCGUCCGUCUGCUGAGGACGAACCUGGACGAGGGCGACGUCCAGCCGGUGAAGGAGCAGCUCGCCCAGUCGCUGUUCGACCACAUCCCGGUGGGAGUCGGAUCCAAGGGAGUCAUCCCGAUGGGAGCCAAGGACCUGGAGGAGGCUCUGGAGAUGGGGGUGGACUGGUCUCUGAGGGAGGGUUACGCCUGGGCCGAGGACAAAGAGCACUGCGAGGAGUACGGCAGGAUGCUGCAGGCCGACCCCAACAAAGUCUCAUCGAAGGCCAAGAAGAGAGGCCUGCCGCAGCUGGGAACUCUGGGAGCAGGAAACCACUACGCCGAGAUCCAGGUGGUGGACGAGAUCUACAACGACUACGCCGCCAAGAAGAUGGGCAUCGACCACAAAGGGCAGGUGUGCGUGAUGAUCCACAGCGGCAGCAGAGGCCUUGGACACCAGGUCGCCACAGACGCUCUGGUCGCCAUGGAGAAGGCGAUGAAGCGAGACAAGAUCACGGUGAACGACCGGCAGCUGGCGUGCGCUCGCAUCACGUCACAGGAAGGACAGGACUACCUGAAGGGGAUGGCUGCUGCAGGAAACUACGCCUGGGUCAACCGCUCGUCCAUGACCUUCCUCACCAGACAGGCCUUCUCCAAAGUGUUCGGCACCACGCCGGACGACCUGGACAUGCACGUCAUCUACGACGUCUCUCACAACAUCGCCAAAGUCGAGGAGCACAUCGUGGACGGGAAGCAGAAGACGCUGCUGAUCCACCGCAAAGGCUCCACCCGAGCCUUCCCCCCACACCACCCCCUCAUCCCGGUCGACUACCAGCUCACAGGUCAGCCGGUGUUGAUCGGAGGGACGAUGGGAACCUGCAGCUACGUCCUCACAGGAACCGAACAAGGCAUGACGGAGACAUUUGGCACCACCUGUCACGGAGCGGGUCGCGCUCUGUCUCGAGCCAAGUCCCGCAGGAACCUCGACUUCCAGGACGUCCUGGACAAACUGGCCGACCAGGGCAUCGCCAUCCGAGUGGCUUCACCCAAACUGGUCAUGGAGGAGGCUCCUGAAUCGUACAAAAACGUGACGGACGUCGUCAACACGUGUCACGAGGCUGGAAUCAGUAAGAAGGCGAUCAAACUGAGGCCGAUCGCCGUGAUCAAAGGCUGAAGCUGCACGACUUCCCGUUUAAAGACAAUUCAAGCGAAGGACGCCGCGACGUCACGAAGAGACGCGUCAGAAGAAAGUCGCUUAAUUUUUGUUUUCGUUUCUCUGGAAUGAAUUUCUGAAUUUCUGUUGCAGGAACUGAAGAGCCACAAAAUGAGAUGGAACAUUCAAAAUGUUUUUCUUUGUGCUCGUGCAAAUAAACUUCAAACUGAAGUAAUCAGAUUACUCAAGUACAAAUACACUACAAGUAUCAGCUUCAUGCAGUAAAACUUUGUUCAUCCUGAUGUUUUACUGAGGGUUCAACCUGAGGGGUCAGGCCCUGCGGAGGGUCACCAGAUGAAUCUGAGGGGUCGUCACACGAAUGAUGGGAGAACAAAGUAUAAAAGUAGUCACUUCCUGUUUGUUUCAAAAUAAGAGCAUCGUCUUUACACCUUCAGAAAACAUUCGGCUCUGAUGUUGAAAAACAGUCGACACGUUCAGACGAGCUGAUGCUGAGAUAAAUAUUCCAGAAACUCAAAUUUAUUUAUAUUCAGUUUAUUCUCAUUAGAAAUGUUUGUUUUAAAUUAAUUUACUUCAUUUUGUAAAGACGCUUUCAGCUCGACUCAAACUUUACAAACACGACCUCGUUAAAUCAAAACUUCAGACAUUAAAACAAUAAAAACAUUGAAGCACUUUGGAUGUUGUGAUUAGUUAUUAACACUUUAUUGGUUCUAACAUGUUUGUAACAGAAGUUUCAUCACAUCAAAUAAAAUCAAAUCAACACGUUUCACCUUCAGUGAAGAAAAUUCAUUCAUUUGGCAAGUUUGUCUGAGACGAGAAGCAAAACUCAGGUCUGAUCCGGACCUCCCUCUGCCGAGAUGAGAAAUAAAAACAGGCUCCAAGAACCUGGAUCGAUGACGACGAUCCGACGGAGCCGAUUUAAAGCGUCAGAAUCUGACGUAAACCACACGGUGAGACGACGUCCGUGAUUCGAGUUGAUGUGGCUGGUUCACGAGUUCAUCGACGUGUCGACAGUUUGUGAGUUAGUGUUGGAUCAGAAACAGCCGCGUUCAAAUAAUGUUCCACCAUCCAUCCACUUCCUGUUUGAUGAAAAAUAAACGACUUUAAUCAAAGCGCCGUCUUUGUGGAUCUGUAGAUUUAAACUGAGUAACACCUCGUUAACACUUGAACUGUUUUCAGCUGAACUCGACUCUUUCAGGCACUUUCUCUGGAGGUUUCUUUCCAAAGUUUCUGGGAAAAACAGAAGAAUUAAAAGUGUCGGAUAAAUCAGAGGUCGAGCUCAGCGAGCGGUGACGAGGUCGACGGUUCAAACGUGGAUUUCCACAUCGGCUCCUUCACAGUAUCGCUCGCAGUCGAGCGUUGCAUAAUCCGUCCGUCGUCCUGAAUUGUCACAAAUGCUCGAAUAGAAAAUUCAUCGAUUUAUUUAUUUUACAUGAGCUGUACACGACAAUCCUGUCAAUGACUCCAUGCGUUUCUACGGAAGCUUGUCAGCGCCGAGAAAAGAAAAAUACUCAAAGUCCAACUUUGAUACAACGAUUCAAACUUUCAGCCAAAAUUCUGAUUCAACAAGAAAAUAAAUCAGAACUUUGACUUUCAGCAUUUUGAUUUGAAAAGGUCAAAAGAUGAAAAUACUCAGUAAGUAACUAAAGUAACUGAAAAUCUGACUUUAAUGAUCAAAAUGAAAUUUACUGAGUCAAGCGUAAAAAAACUCAGAAGAUUUUGACCAAUGAAAAAGUCUGAAAGUUACAAUUAAUCUGCGAGGACGAUAAAUAAAAACAAACUUAAUAUCUCGACUGUUUUUGUAUCUUUUCUAACUUAGGGUCCAAACAGGCUUCCGUAUCUAGUUUCCAAUGAAGAUUUAAAAA